CCCUCAGUGUUGCCUCUAUACAUGUUUAAGUCGUUGGUUACAUUUGUAGGUUGCAGCCGUCUUGUUGUGUCUUCGGUUAGCUCGGGGAAGGAGGCUGUGGGAGACCCAAACGCGGAAACGGUUAUGAGACGAUGCUGGCUUUAGAGGAAGCAGCAGUGUUCCACUCGUCUUCAGGUCGCUGUGUGACACGACCCGCGCCGAUGUAGAGGAAUGGACAGAGACACGGCCAGUGGAGACAGCAUGGUCCACGGCAGGACAGAAACCGAAGGGGCUCAGGAGGCUCUGCAGCAGUGCCGACUCAUCCAGAACCUGGUGGACAUCUACCUCUCCAGUCUGCGGGCUCUCAGGACCAGUUGCGCCGCAUCCAGCGACUUCACCCGGCGGGAGAUCCGCACUUUAGAGGUGAAGCUGACCCACUACAUGUGGACCCAGCUGCAGUGGAAGCAGAGGGUACCAGAGAGGGAGAGACCUGAAGCUCUGUGUGGAUACCCGAGACUGGAGGACUGGCUCCUAACAGCUGAUCUCACACCACAAUUCAUACAGGCUGCAGCGGGGAAGCUCUCAGUGGACGGGUUGCUGCAGAACUCCAGCUCUGAGUUGCAGGACAUGAUGAGACGCCUGGGCUCCAAUUCAGAAGACCGCUCUCGCCUCACUGCCGCCCUCUCCUGUCUGAAGAGUGCAAAUGACACAGGAGUUGGCCCGAGGCCUGACUUUGGUUCCUGCAGCUCUGAGUCCCAACACGACAGUGAUGCCUUCUCUCCCAUCAGCUCUGGUAGUCCCUCCACCCCCCUGCCGCCCACCAGCACCCACGGCCGCUCCAUCUCCAUAUCGGUGCUUCCUUGUUCAGAUGGCGCCUUCACCCUGGAGCCAAGCCCCCCUCCGGCCACUCAAGCCUCAAAAACACGCACUACCAUGCCCUCCCACACUCCACCCCAACCGUCCCGAAAACUGCUGCACCUGCUCCCCAACAUCGCACUGACAAGGAGCAAGAGUCAAGAGUCCCAGCUGGCCAACCGCAUCGAGGAGCCUGCUGCACACAAAGCCUGUAAGAAGAACAAAGUGUUGGCUGCUCUUCAUAUCAACGGCUCUGGGAACCCACCGGAGGACUCGGCGCUGCGGUCACCCCUGCUGUCUGCCCGGACACCGGGCCCUGUCCCGGCAUCAGCCCCAUACACCAUGCCUGCCGCCCCCACCCAGCUGGAAAAUGUGACCAUGCACAGGAGCUCCCCUCAGACAAUGAGGAGGGACAUUGGCUUGGCUGUAACACACAGGUUUUCAACCAAGUCCUGGCUCUCCCAGAUGUGCCAAGUGUGUCGCAAGAGCAUGAUGUUUGGUGUCAAAUGCAAACACUGCAAGUUGAAGUGCCACAACAAAUGUACCAAAGAUGCUCCCUCAUGUCGGAUAUCAUUUCUCACAUUACCAAGGAUACGGAGGGCAGAAUCAGUGCCAUCUGAUAUCAAUAAUCAGAUUGAUCACACAGCAAAGAUCCCACUGCAAUUUGGCACUUUACCAAAAGCAAUAAAUAAGAGGCAGGAACCUCCCCCCAGUUUAAACCAUCUGGACUCAAGCAGUAACCCAUCAUCAGCUACCUCCUCCACACCUUCUUCCCCAGCACAUUUCCAGCAGAACAACCCCCCAAGUGUCAGCGCCACACCCCCACCCAACGCUUCGCCGCAGAGCUCCCGGGACAGCCGCUUCCACUUCCCAGAUGUUCCUGCUUCUACAUAUACUGCUGUUCAACAUCCUGGCAACCACUAUGAGUCUGGAGUGUCCCAGGUGGCCGUCGCUGAGAGGCAGCUGACAGCAGCAGAGCCAGCAGGGGGUGACGAGGAGGACGAGGAGGAGGAAGCAGCUGACCAGGGCGACAGUGCUCCCACUGAGCAGCCUGAGGAGGACGAGUUGGACGAGCUGCCCUCUUCCAUAUGCCGCCGGGGGGCCGUUGGCCGCUGGAGGGGCCCGUUCAGUCGCAUGGCCAGCCAGACCAGCAUCUACCUGCAGGAGUGGGACAUCCCAUACGAGCAGCUGCAGCUGGGGGAGCUCAUUGGCAAGGGCCGCUGGGGCAAGGUGCAUAAGGGUCGCUGGCACGGCGAGGUGGCCAUCCGCCUGCUGGAGGUGGACGGCAACAACCAGGACCACCUGAAGCUCUUCAAGAAGGAGGUGAUGAACUACAGGCAGACACGGCACGAGAACGUGGUCCUGUUCAUGGGCGCCUGCAUGGCUCCGCCACACCUCGCCAUCAUCACCAGUUUCUGUAAAGGCGUGACUCUGUACUCUGUUGUAAGAGACAGAAGUCAUAUUCUGGACAUCAAUAAGACCAGACAGAUUGCUCUGGAUAUUGUAAAGGGAAUGGGUUAUCUGCAUGCCAAAGGCAUCAUUCACAAGGACCUGAAGUCUAAGAAUGUGUUCUAUGACACAAACAAGGUGGUGAUUACAGAUUUUGGCCUGUUUGGGAUGUCUGGAGUGGUACAAGAAGGCAGAAGACAAAAUGUGUUGCGGAUACCUCAGGGCUGGAUCUACUACCUGGCUCCGGAGAUCGUUCGACAAAUGAGCCCAGAGGUCGACGAGGACCAGCUGCCUUUCUCCAAAGCUGCUGACGUUUAUGCGUUCGGCACAAUCCUGUAUGAGCUGCAGGUGGGAGACUGGCCAAUCACCAACCAGCCUGUGGAAGCCAAGAUCUGGCUGGUGGGCAGCAGCAAGGGCAUCAAGAAGGUGCUGGCAGACGCCAACCUGGGCAAGGAGGCCACGGAGAUCCUGUCUACCUGCUGGUCCUCGGGGGCCGACAACAGGCCCACUUUCACCCAGCUGGCAAGCAUGCUGGAGAGGCUCCCCAAACUGAACCGCAGGCUGUCUCACCCCGGACAUUUUGGGAAGAACACUGAGUACGUAUCAUAGAAAGAGGAGCUUUAGUUAUGAUGCAGGGUGGAGUGGCCUACAACACCCAUUUACACCAACAUUCAAAGAGAGUCUGCAUCAGUUCGUUAACGUCAUAUCCAUCUACAUUUCCAAGUCAUAUAAGAAGAAAUGUGAUGGAGCCAAAGGAUCCAAUACAUCAUCAAUCCAAUGAAAAAUGUUGUAAAUAGGAUUUUUGUAAAGAAAUGUGAAUAUUAUAAAGCUGGCCUGCUGAGUAUCAACUAAUAUGAAUGACCUUUUCUAAUGUGACUGCUAUUUUGUAUUUUGAGAAAAGCUCUAGUAAGACUCCCACGUUGCUCUGCCAAUGGAUGGAGUUGUUGCUCCCUCUAUGCUUCCUUCCUAACUUUUUCUCCACACACUUUCAUAGGGUUUCUCACAGUCAACAGUAAUAUCCUCGCUUGUGUUUCCCAGUUUUACUUCAACUUCUUUCUCCUCUCUCUGUGAUUUCCUCUCUUCUGGGUGCCGACCAAUCCGCGUCUGCCUGUUCCUGUUGUAUCUGAUCUCCACGGCCUUCCUUCCAUCGCGUUUUCCCCCUCUGUCCAUGCCUCUUUUUCCCUGUCUGUUUAUGUGCACACGUGUUUUCCACCACUCCUUUAUUUCACUCUGUUCUUCUCCUGGCGAAGGCCGUGGGAUCAUCAUUACUGCCUGAGAGAUCACUGCCAUCAGGGUAUACACGCCCACUGUCCAUACAUGUACAAAUACAGCAGCUGAGAGGAAAAACUCAAACUUUCUUUGGAUUUGACUCUUAAUAUUGGCUUGAGAAAAUAUUGACAACACCACUUGAAAGAAAAGUUCUUAUCUGGAGUGGCAUGUCCGACUUGUCUUCACCUUGAGUUCAAAUGUGAUCUGUGUCUGAAUUGAUGAAGCAUUCUUGUUUUCUUGACGUGUGAGCAGAUCUAAAGGUAUGUAGACAGGUUCUGGACAAACAUUGUGUGAUAGAUGACUGGGUAACAGGAAGGGGAGGGUCAUGAGCCGAGGGAAUAGAUCUGAGGCACCCGUGCGCUACUUCUCUGCACUCUGUCCAAGUAGGCUGAACUUAGAAUGUUAGAACUAUUGUAGCACACAUCAGUCAUAUACCUCUUUCACACCAUUGACCAGGGUUAUCUGACCAUUGUCCAACCCUUCUUUUGUCACUUCAAAUCAAGCCAGUCAACACGGGCUGAUCUCUGGUCAUAACAACUUAGGUACAACCUGGGUCUCAACCCAGGAGCAAUUUAUACUAAUUCUUAACAUCUGUCUGUAUGUCAGUGGACAAUGAUGUAUCCUCAUCGCAGGAAGGCUGCUGGUUGUUAGUAAGCUACAACUCUACAGUAAUUCAAGUGUUGCCAGCACUCUAUCCUUGCAGAUUAGUUUUUAUCAUCCCCGGUUUUGAGAUACUGGAUGUGUGUCUGAGAUGUAACAGUGUUUAUUAGCCUCACUAGCAGCGCAGCUCCAGGAAUGGCAAUGCUGUGUCUUCAGACUCAAAUAUCUCAACAACUUUCAUUUGGAUUGCCAUGACAUUUAAAUCACACAUGUAUGGUCCCCAUAUGAUGAAUUGUAAUAUUUUUGGGGAUUGCUUGACAUUUUGCAUCUGUGGUUCACAGGGUGGGUUCCGGGGACCCCCGGGGUCCUUGAGGGGGUGCAAAGCAGACAGAUAAAUCAUUAAUUUCAGUAGUAUCCAACCAUAAGUAAAACAAUGACAGAAUGUAUGACUAUUUGGUCAUGGAAUUUAUAAACGUUCUGUAAUAAAACGCAAAAAUCCAGUCAGAUGGGUCCAUUAAAGACUGAUCUAGCACCAUCAUCGAGUCAAAAUCCAGUUUCUUCAUUACUUUGCUUUAUGUCCAGAUACGUGCAGAACUAAUGACAUUCCCAGCAGCCCCAUCUGUACUUUGUUCCUGUCAGCUAAUGUUAGCAUGCUAACACACUAAACUAAGAUGGGGAACAUGCAACAUACUUGCUAAACAAUCGCAUGUUAGCAUUGUCAUUGUGAGCAUGUAGCAUUCUGUAAUUAGUAUUGAGUAAAAAUUCAAAACCUCAAAGUACAGCCUCACGGCCCUUCCAGCCCGGCUUGGACUUGGUCUGUAAAACCGUAACGUUCAGUGUCGUGAUCAAUACAAACAAAUAUGCCACUCACCUCCAAAAUACUGGGAUGGAUCUCCAAACUUGGACAAAUAAAAAAACAAUAUCUGAAUGAAGAGGUAAUGACAUAAUAUGUGCAUGGGUGUUCUGACCCUUUGAAAAUUGUCCAAAAUAUGAAUACUUAUUGUAUUUUGAUAACCAUGAUCUCAGCAAGAUGAGAGAGAUACAACUGUCCCAUGACAUCAUGUUUCAAUGGGUCAUCUUUAAUGGAUCAUAUAGCAAACAACUGUGUAAAAGCCCCCACACUGAGAUUACAUGAGGGGCUAUGUGUUCAGCCUUAUUUUGACUCCUGAGAGAGAGCAAUGAGCUGAAGACAAUACUGGAAAUAAUGCUAGAAAGAAACCUGUGAUCAUGCCACAGGUAUGUGUCUCUCCUGUGUGCACUCUGGUACUGCAUGAGGUUAGUGAACUGUGUGUGUGUGUGUGUGUGUGUGUGUGUGUGUGUGUGUGUGUGUGUGUGUGUGUGUGUGUGUGUGUAGUUUCCUCAGGCAGGAGUACAAUGUAUGAUCUGUGAAUGUAAUGGGCUUCACCAGCAUGAUCAUGAAUAUGAUCUUAUACAUAUAUGUAUAUACACUGCUGGAGGUUAUAUUUAAUAUACAGUGUUUUACAAGGGUUUUAAUUUGGAGCAUUUUAAUUGGUACUUGAGUCAAAUUUGUGUAUAGUUUUUUUAGACACUGUGUAAACUGUUGUUGGAUUGGUGUUUUUUUUUGUUUUUUAGGGUUGAGGUUUGAUCUGUCGAGUAUUUUUGUACAUGAUGUGUUGAUACGUUGUAAGCUUGUGUUCUGAAAAAUUGAAGAUAUUAAAGCUGAUCUCCAGUGA